AUGAUGAGUGCACCGAUACAGCCCGACGAAGUCCGGAUCGACCACGAUGCAACGGCCGCGAGCCGGAAGCAGCAAGCCAACGCAGCCGUGGCUCGGGCCAACGCCGACAACCUACGAGAUGACCCAGAAGCUCGAGCGGCGUUUCUUUCGACGUUUUCUGCGGAAGAGGAAAGGUCCAUCAUCAACAAAGUUGACAAGGCCUUCCUGCUUCUCAUCGGCGUAAUGUUUAUGAUCAAGCAGAUUGACCAAACCAAUGCUGCAAAUGUCCGGGUGUUGCAAGCAGGAGAGUCCCGAAAUAUCAUGAAAGAACUCGACAUGACAUCUGAUCAAUACAAUUGGGUUGGAUCUAUCUAUGGUAUCGCCUACAUCAUCUUUGAAGCACCCAGUAAUCUUCUCCUGAAGCGUAUGAGUCCACAUCUUUGGCAGUCUCGUAUCUUCCUCACCUGGGGAAUCAUUACAGCCUGCCAAGCUGCAGCUCAAAAUCGGCAUCAACUUUACGCUAUGCGAUUUCUGCUUGGGAUGUUCGAAGCGGGGAUGUUUCCGGGUAUCAUGGCCCAGUUGUCUAGCUGGUACCGCACAGAUGAGAUAGGCAAACCAGUGACUUGGUUCUUUGCAAUGUCCAACCUGGCAGGUAUCAUCGGAUCUAUUCUAUGUUAUGGUAUCAGCUAUAUGAACGGGAUUCGUGGUAUUAGUGCUUGGAGAUGGGUGUACCUUCUCGAAGGACUGGCUACCAUCGUCUUCUCUGGUGUCGUAUUUUGGCUGCUACCAGACUAUCCCAAGUCACCGCGCAGCAGCCGCUUCCUGACAGAGAGGGAACAAGAGUUUGUAGAGGCCAGGUUACCGGAGAAUGCGCCCCUGACUAACGAUCCUGAUUUCGCCGGCAAAGAGAUUUGGGCGGCCUUACGAACACCAUUGAUUUGGUCAUUCAUGCUGUCGCAGACGCUCAUCAAUAUUGGAGGAUACGCGUUGACAUGGUACUUGCCUACCAUUGUUACUAAUCUUGGCUUCGUGGGGCUGCCGAGGAAUCAGCUGUUGAACAUGCCUCCUGCGUUUGCCGCCAUCGUGGGCUUAAUAUUUUCGGCGUGGUUCAUGUCGAGAGCGUAUAUCGUCCGGCCAGCCUACAUCAUGAUACUCAUGUCCGGCAUGGUUGUAUGCUUUGUUCUCUUCUUCACGAUCACCAAUCGGUAUGGCAUCUACAUCUCCUGCAUCUUGGGAACUUUGUUCUACCAAUCAUACUUCAUUCCGUUCUGGGCCUGGAGAUCUGCCACACUCUCUGGAUCUACGGGGACGGCCUUCACGCUUGGUCUUCAAUCGGGUAUAGCCCAGCUAGGCGGCGUCAUCGGGCCGCAGCUGUUCCAGUCAAAGUUCGCAUACAAUGGUUACAAAACAAGCUUCGCGAUAGCAGCGGCGACAACUAUCGCCUCCUUUGUCGCCAACCUAUGGACUUGGUGGUUGACCCGGAACACGGAGUACGAUGUGAUGAGAGUGAGAAGGAAAAUAUUGAAGGCACGAAAACUUGGCAAGGUCAACUUCGAUGAUGAUAUACGGGUAUUUGAGGAAAGGCGGUUUUACGAUGGAUUUAAACGGCAGGGUGGAGACUCUGAAUGGUGGAUCAAGGGAGAACCCGUCGAGAAUGUGUGGGGGCCACGCCGUAGCGUAAAUUCUCGCAACUUUACUGAUCCUAAAAUAACUCACUUCGGUCCUGACUCAACACUUUCUGAGGGGCCUCACAUACCAAGUUCACAACCAGUCAUGUCGGCAUCGCCAGCUCUUACGCAGCUUUUGGAGAAGGUGAUUCCGCAAGGGGACCGCUCGUCUCUCCGCAGCGAUGUAAUCCCGGCAAUCCUUGACGCCAUUUCCGGCAUCGCCAAGACGCUGCAGGCAUCCCAGCACGUCUCACUUGCUGGGACAGCAAACGCCUUUGGUGACGACCAGCUCAACGUCGACGUGCUCUCCGAGAAUGUAAUGCGCGAAGCUAUUGCGAGAUGCCCCUCGAUCCAGACCGCAAGCAGUGAGGAGGACCCGAUCGAGAAGCCUGCGAGGCCACAAGCGAGCGCUGGCGCAAACGAGAUCCCUGCAUCCUCAGAGGAGUACACCGUCGCUUUCGAUCCCCUUGACGGCAGCUCCAUCAUUGCGCCAAACUGGACGGUUGGAACAAUUGUCGGCAUCUGGGAUGGGCGCACCGCGGUGGGCCAGUCACCGGUUGAGAAGCAGAUUGCGGCCAUUAUUGGUGUCAUCGGACCCCGGACUACCGCCAUUGUUGCCGUGCGGAUCCCCGGCGCCGACUCCGCUUGCUUUGAGAUCGGAUACGGCCCGAACGGUGUGGCAGAUUGCGAGGUUAUCCGGCCGGUCGUCAAAUUGGCUGACACACCCUUCAAGACGCGUUACUUUGCGCCCGCCAACCUGCGACAUGCGGCGGACGAUGAGAGGUACAGCGCUCUCAUUACGCGGUUCAUCAAGGAGAAGUACACGCUGCGGUACUGCGGCGGCCUUGUACCCGACAUUGUGCAUGCGCUUGUCAAGGGUCAUGGCGUCUAUGUUAUGCCUGUUACGCCCGGUGUUCUUCCCAAGCUCAGAUUCCUCUACGAGCUAUACCCGAUUGCUCUGAUCAUGGAGUGUGCGGGUGGCCAAGCCAUUGACCCCACGGAUGGCAGGCCACUGCUUGAAAAGAUUCAGAAGGAUUGCGAUGGUAGAGCAGGUCUGAUCUGCGGCACGACGGAGGAGGUGAGGAUUGUUAAGCAGGUUCUUCUUGGAUGA